AUGUCGUUGCUCUCAUUUUUUGCAGUGGAGUCGUUGGACUCCCGCAUAUCCUCGAAUAGGAGAAAGCCAACCACCACUCAACCAUCACAUUGGAAAACCCCCGAAUUCAAAUUCUACAUGGUUUGUUUCUUAAUUGUCGUUCCUAUAAUGUUCAAAACGGCAAUGGAUGCAAGUAACGAAACAAACCCUAACUAUCCAGUUUACGAAAAGAUGUUGUCAAAAGGUUGGAUUUUUGGAAGAAAAGUGGACAAUUCUGAUUCCCAAUAUCGAUUCUUUAGGGACAAUUUUUUGCUAUUGUUAUUAUUUGUGGCUAUCCAUAAAGCGUUGAGAACUAUUGCUAACCAAUGGAGAAUGUCAAGGCUGGAUUUUGAUCUUAUCUUUGGGAGUAUUUUCUUAGCCAUUGUGCAUGGAUUUAACGUUUUCAGAAUUUUGGUUCAUGUUUUUAUUUCAUUUUCACUAACUAGGAUCCUAAGAAAGAGGCCAUUGUUGGCACAGUCGGUUCUUUGGGUUUACUCCAUCUCAACCUUAUUUAUUAAUGAUAGGUAUAGGCAGGUUAAGUACGGUGAUCUUGUUAGUUCCUUGUCAUGGAUGGAUCAUUAUAAAGGUCUAGUUGCACGGUGGGACGUUUUCUUCAAUUUCACUCUUUUGAGGAUGCUAAGUUUCAAUAUCGAUUACCUACGUAAAUCUCCAGUUGAAGGUGAUAUUCCACUUUCAGUACUAAACGGCACCAAGGCAAAAAGUAGUGAGGAAACAAGAGAUGGAAUUGAUGGAGCCGUUACUUGUGAAUUGAGUGAACGUGAAAGGUUGGAUGCCCCAUUAUCUCUUGAGGAAUAUUCCUUCAAAAAUUACCUGGCUUACUUGUUUUACACUCCUUUAUACAUUGUGGGUCCAAUUAUUACAUUUAACGAUUUUAUUUACCAAAGCAAACAUCCACUCAAAUCAAUCAAUUUGCACAGAACGUUUCUUUAUGGAUUAAGAUUGAUUUUCUGUUUCCUCGUGAUGGAAGUAAUUCUCCAUUAUAUUUAUGUUGUUUCUGUUUCCAAAGCCAAGGCAUGGCACGGAGACACUCCGUUCCAGAUUUCAAUGAUUGGCUUUUUCAAUCUAAAUAUUAUUUGGCUGAAGUUACUCAUCCCAUGGAGACUUUUUAGAUUUUGGUCACUCUGCGAUGGCAUUGAUCCGCCAGAAAAUAUGAUUAGAUGUAUGAAUAACAAUUUCUCAACGAUGCAAUUCUGGAGAUCUUGGCACAGGUCCUUUAAUAAAUGGGUUCUUAGAUACAUUUAUGUGCCACUCGGUGGAUCUAAUCAUCGUUUACUUGGUUCCCUAGCCACAUUUUCGUUCGUUGCAAUCUGGCAUGAUAUAGAAUUAAGGUUAUUGGUUUGGGGAUGGGCUAUUGUGCUAUUUUUACUACCAGAGAUGAUUAUUACAAAAGUAAUGCAUCCUUACAAAAAUGAAUGGUGGUUCAGACAUGCUUGUGCUUUAGGCGCUGUUAUAAAUAUCUGGAUGAUGAUGUUGGCUAACUUAUAUGGAUUUUGCCUUGGCCAUGAUGGCAUGGUAAAGCUAUUAAGGGAUAUGUUAACAACCUUUGAUGGUGUUAUCUUUAGUAUUUGCUCAACUGUUUGUUUAUUUAUUGCAGCACAAGUCAUGUUUGAAUUGCGUGAAUCCGAACAUCAUCGUGGUAUAGACGUGAAAUGCUAA